GACUUCAACUGAUGGGUGCGACUGACUUGAUCCCAAGGUGUUUUAUCUGGCGUCUAUAGUUUUUAUAAUAAUAAUAAUCUGAGCUUUUUAAUCUGCUAUUUAAAUCUUAUUUGUCUUGUCAUAAAGUAUGGAAAGACAAAAAUAACUAGUAUAGUAAAAUUAAUACAUUUAAAGGCUAUUUGACAAACGCAGUUAAUGUUUUAGAUUCAAACUAGAAGGAAACUUUUAAAGAUUUGCUCCUAACAGGCCUGAUCGGAGCAGGAGAUUACAUCUAAUUGUUUUAUGGUCUCAUUGGAGCAAUGACCUGUCUUCCAAUUGUUCUUGUCUGGACUUGCUGUAUGUCCUUGGCUGUGACUAGAGCUUACUACGUCUUCCGUGUAACAGACACUGCAAGAGCCACGUACCUAAAUCUGAUGAAUGAGGAGAGGAAGAAGCUCCGACUUGAACCCUUGUCUUGGAGCACUUUUUACAUGGACAGGGCCAAUACUUAUGACAGCAUGUGCGAUAACCACGUAGGGUACUCACCACCAGCAGAUAAAUAUGGUCAAAUUUUGUUCAGGUCUAAAACUAAAUACAGCACCUAUAAUGGUGAGCUGGCAAAGGCGGCUGUAGAACAUUGGCUCACUGAAAAAAACUAUUUGGACCCCCCUUUCUACCGUUGCACCAUCAGAACCACUUCCAGAUACACUCAUCGUUGUGGUCACUACGCCCAGAUUUUGAAUAGAGAAGCAAGUCAAGUUGGCUGCGGAGAAAUGCAAUGCAAAAAAAACAUUAGAGUUGUUGUUUGUGGAUUCGACAAACAAUUGAGUCAAACUGAGAGCAAGAAGCCAGGGUCUUAAAGUCACUGUAAGAAAAAUAAAGAUACAGUUUCACAUUG